AUGUGUGGAAUCUUUGCUUACAUGAAUUUUAUUAAGGAUAAAAAGCUCAGGGAGAUCUUAACUAAUCUCCUUUCUGGCUUAAAGAAGUUGGAAUAUCGUGGCUAUGACUCUUGCGGAAUAUCUUUUGAUAUCAAAGACAAAGACGAGAACAAGAUUGUCAUUGCCAAAUCAAAAGGAACUGUUGAUAAUCUUUCUAACUUAAUCAAGGACUAUUUAACAGACGAGACCGUUUUUCACAGUCAUGUUGCAAUUGCUCAUACUAGAUGGGCUACACAUGGUCCGCCAACAGCAGGAAAUGCUCACCCACAUAUUUCUUCACCAAAUAUGGAAUUCGUUGUUGUUCACAACGGUAUUAUUUCAAAUUAUGCUGAAUUAAGAGAUCGUUUACUCCAAGAAAGUUUGUUUUCUACUGCCUCAAAAGUUGAACAAGUUGAUACAAUGAUCAGCAUUCAAAAUCCAAAAGAUGCAAAUGCAAAGUUCACAUCAGAAACAGAUACAGAGGUUCUUGCUAAGCUUGCUUUAUUUAUUUACAACAGACUUACAGUUGAGCUCGGAAAGAAGCCAACAUUCCUUCAAGUUAUCGCAAAUACAAUGAAAUUAGUACAAGGAACAUUUGGUGCUGUCUUCAAAUCAUCGCUCUAUCCAAAUGAAGUCGUUGCAUGCAGAUUAUCCUCACCAAUGCUUCUCGGUCUUAAAUACGAAGGAGAAUGUGAAGCAAAACACGCAGCAAGAUUAAUUGACAUGAAGCGUGAUGAUCUUUUCGGCUCAGUCACAGACUUUAACGAGCCAAUUUACCACCAAGCACCAAAACCAUGUGAAUUAUUCCUCGCAUCAGACGCUCCAGCAUUUGCUGAGCACACGAGAGAUGUUAUUAUCCUUGAAGACUGGGAUAUCGUUCAUAUCUGUGAGAAUGGAAUCGAUAUCAUUAACACAGCUCCAUCACAAGAAAAAUUCAAGUCAAACAGAAUCUCAGAGACACUCCAGUUGUCAUUAGAAUCCAUUGCUAAAGGAAACUACGGACAUUUCAUGUUGAAAGAGAUCAUGGAACAACCAAAUUCUUUGGCAGCAACAACAAGAGGUCGUAUUCUUCCAGGAUCAACUGAUAUCCACUUGGGUGGUAUGAUCCCUUACAUCGAGACUAUCAAACAAUCUAAGUACAUCAUCUUCAUCGGUUGUGGAACUUCAUACAACGCGGCAUUGGCGGUUCGUCCACUUUUUGAGCAGUUUACACGUCAAAGAAUUUUUGUUGAAGUUGCCAGUGAUUUCAAUGAUCGAAAGCCAAUUGUUUUCCGUGAUGAUACAUGUGUAUUCUUGUCUCAAUCCGGUGAAACAGCAGAUACAUUGAUGGCACUUGAACAUUGUCGAAAUUGCGGUGCAUUUUGUGUUGGAAUCAACAACACACCAGGUUCAUCAAUUUCCCGUGGUACAACAUGCGGUAUACACCUUAACGCAGGUGUUGAAAUCGGUGUUGCAUCCACGAAAUGCUAUACAAGUAUGAUUGAAACAUUAUUAAUGUUUUUGUUGCUUCUCAUGCAAGAUUCCAUUUCACAGCGCAAAGAGAGGAAACGCGCACUCCAAGAUUUGGCGAGUUUGCCAUCCAUGGUUGAAGAAGUUCUUAAAUCGACAUCUCCAACAAUACAAGAGAUCUCAGCAUUCGUUGCUAAACAGAAGAACUUGAUCAUGCUUGGAAGAAGAACACAUUACGCAACUGCUCGCGAAACAGCACUCAAAAUCAAAGAAUUGACAUAUAUCCAUUCUGAAGGUCUCAUGGCAGGAGAACUUAAGCAUGGUCCAUUGGCAUUGAUUGACAACGACUCAUUGGUCAUCUUCUUUGCUACAGGAGAAGAUGAUGAGAUGUUUUCAGCCGGUCAAUCAUCUCUUCAACAGAUCAAAGCAAGAGGUGCAAAAGUUCUUGUCGUUGUCACAGAAGAAGAUGUCAACAAAGUCAAGAGUUUCUCUGAUUGGUUGAUUGUUGUUCCGAAGAUGAGUCAGUGGACACAGAUGAUUGUUAACAUUAUUCCAAUGCAACUACUUUCAUACUAUGUUGCUCUUCAGAAAGGAAUCAACGUUGACAGACCAAGAAACUUAGCUAAGGCUGUAACUGUUGCAUAA